GCGCCCAAGAGAGACGGGCAGGGCGACGGACCGAAGGACACACACCAGGACGCCGAUGGCGACGCCUCCAACGAGACCACGUCGGGCAUCGCGAAGAAACUGGAGAUCUACAGGGCCCGCCUCAAGGAUCUCGAACAGCUCGCGCAGGAGCCAGGCAUGAAGUUCGCAUCGGAUGCCACGUCGAAGUUGCAGGAACAGAUCGACGGGCUGCUGGCGCAAAAGGAAGCAACGCUACCAGCAUGCUACGCGGAAGUGGCAGUGCGCCGCCGUCUCCGUGGAGCAGAGAAAUCACAGUCGAAGGCUGAUGCCCAUGUGGCAAAGCUCAAGCAGCAGCUCGAGGACAUCCAGACUCAGCUGCGCACCUCAGAGAACAAGGCCGAGCAAGCUAAUAAGAAGGUCGAGUCCCUCCGUGCCAAGGAGAAGGCGAUCGCCAGGCCCCCCGCGUCCAAGGGCUGGGAAUCGGUCUGCGCGCGCCUGGAGCUCGCCAAAACGUCCCUGGGGGCCGACGGCGAGGAGCAGGAUGCGGAGGUCAUCAAGCAGUUGGAAGCGGCCCUUGCACUUGCGGCCAAGAAGAAGGAGCAGAGCGAGGACGUCCUCAAGCUCAAGGCCAAAGCAAGCCCCCAGGAGAUCACGACAACCCUCAAGCAGGCCGGUGUCAAGUGUGCAAGUACCAGGGCAGAGAAGCAGGUGUUCAUCACAUGCAAUGCGAACACCGCGAACCAGUUCAAGAGGGUUUUGCUCCAGCUGCGCUACCAGGUCGAGGCCCCAGUCGUCUUGGGCCAGGAGUUACAGUUGGCGCCAAAGCAAGUAGAGUUGCUGUCGGCCAGGCUCAUCAAAUAUGGCUGGAAGGCGGCGGUGGUGCCUAGUGCGCCUACUGAGCAAGGCAUGAGGGCGGGGGUCAUGAUCGCGGUGCCAAGCCGCAUGGGGAUCACCUACCUGCCCGAGCUGAUGAAGUGGGACGCCUCGCCCAAGGAGUCACCAGGGAGACUCUGUGUGGGCUACGUCAAGACAUGCCGCAAGCACGGCAUCGCGGUGGGCUCUGUGUACCUCUGGGUGGCAGAAGGGCCCACGAACCGCAAUCUCACAAUACUCAGCCGCUUCGGGGCACUCAUGGCCGUGUCAGGCCAACCGUGGGUGCUCGGCGGCGAUUUCAACAUGGAGCCUCACGAGAUGAUGAGCACGGGUAUCAUCACCAAGCUGAAGGGGCACCUGGUCUACGACAUGAGUGAAGGCACGUGCAGGGGGAGUACGGGCAACUACUCGGUCAGGGACUACUUUAUCGCGUCGGAGAGUUUGCUGGAGAAUGGGCUUCGAGCGGAAGUCAUGACGGCGUUUGCGGCCAAGCCCCACAGGCCCAUCAUGAUGAAGAUCGGACGCCGAUCGCCUGUGCCACAGGCCCUCCAGCUCAUACAGAAGGCACCGUGCCCUUUGACCGUGCCAACAGGGUGCCCUACACCACCAGUGCAGUGGCCACGUCCUCUCCGUAGGGAGUGCGUCGACCACGAGAUUUUGAACGCCUUCUGGCACGAUCUCAUGCACGCCUACGAGAUGCACUGGAACAGAUAUCACUGCUUUGACGGCGACGAGCUGCUGGCCCACAGUGGGCAUGGCGAAAAGGCUGUCUACAAGAUGCGAGAGCUAGCGCCCCCGACGGUCAGGGACAAGGGGGGCCCGACGGCGCGAACUAUGGCAACAGAAUGGGUGGCGAGUAUCCUGCGGGACCUGGCCCACAGCCUCAGCAGCGACUCGCGCGAGGCAGGCGGCCAGGAGGCGAGCCGCAUCAAGUCCAUCAAGGAGGCGAUGACCCAGCAGUGGGCCCUCGCACAACUCCACCAGCAUGGAGAGGAGCUGAAGACCCCGUGGCCCCACGUCCUCGAGACCACCCUGGAAUGCAUGAAGGAGCAGCAGGAGCUGGCCGAGAGCCUGGAGUACCUCAAGUACUGGAAGCAGGUCGCGGCGAGCGAGGCCGACGAGGCGAGGCAGAACGAGGCCAAGGAGGCCACCAAGGCCUGGCGGGCAUGGGUUCGCAACCAUAGCGAGAAGUCCGCGGGGGCCCCGCACAAGUGGACCAAGCCGAAGGUCCCGUGGGAGCCAUUGGUACCACAAGAUGCGAGGGGGGCAAAACCAAGUUUCGGUGAGCCCCCACAGACUGUCACUGCGGGUGUGACGCCCCAGCACGUCGCCAUGAUGGACCCGCAGACAGCCGCCAACACAGCGUUGCAGGAAUGGGAGAGUAUAUGGCGCUACCAAGUGGACUGGGCUGCGCCAUGGUUUGAGUCGCCUGCGGUAGACGAGCCCAUGCUACCGCCUAUCCUCGGUCACCACGUGCUGCACGCCUGCAAGGCUUUCUCCCACAAGACGGGCCUGGGCGAGUCCAACAUCCACCCCAGGCUAUGGGCCCAAGGGCCAGCUGUCGGCCUAGCAGGCCCGGCGAGUAUCCUGGACUGCAUCGAGCGCGGAUCCGACUGGCCCGUCUCGCAGCAGUGCAUCAUUUUUUGGCUACAGCCCAAGCCUAAGGGCGGCAUGAGGAAUUGGGGGCUUCUACCAGAGCUCGCACGAGUGUGGGAGAAGAUCAGGCGCCCCGAGAUCCAGAAAUGGCAAAGCCGAAACCCAAGAGCAUAUGAUUGGGCUGUGAAGGGCAGGUCUGCUGAACGAGCGGCCUGGAUGCAAGGCCUCCUAGCUGAAGGGUCGUUGGCGCAGGGCGAAGCCAUCGCCACCACGUGCUGCGACUUGAGGAAGUGCUACGAGACCGUGCUGCAUUCUCUCAUUUGGAGCGGUGGCCUGCGCUGGGGAUUCCCAAGGCCAUUGCUGCGUGUCAUAUUGAACGUAUUUUCUUUGAUGAGGAGAGUGGUGCUGAAUGGGUGUUACACCGAGGGCAACUUCUGGGCGCAAGGGAUCGUGGCAGGAUCCGUGUUUGGCCCAUUGUGUUUGUCCCUCGUGCUCAUCGGCGCUAUCGACGACCUCUACAUAGCGAACCCGAGGGCCGACAUGCGCCGCUACUUCGACGACCUCGCGGCGUCGACCAGGGGCGACGUGACCGCCGUGGCAGCGCUCCACAUGAAGCUGACUGACGAGAUCAUCUUCGCCCUCGAGCAGGUGCUCAAGCUGCAGGUCUCGAGAGGCAGAGACGGCAAGACCGUAGUCGCAGUCUCGCAUGGCAAGGUGGGGCGGCCGCUGGGCAGCCAGAACAAGCAGAUGGGCAUUCAGGUGGUGCGUGAAGCUGCGCACUUGGGCGCGACCCAAUCAGCUGCGCGGCGACGACGUGUCGGAGCCCAGUCCAAGAGGAUCAUCAAGGCCAAGGCCAGGAGCUGGAAGAUCCAGCGGGUCAAGACCGCAGGAGGUGCAGCGCAGAAGGUGGUCAGGCUCGGGAUCGCGCCGUCGGAGCUCUACGGCGCGCGCGUGCAGGGCGCCACGGACACGCUGAUCACCACGCUCAGGCAGACUGUGGCAGCGGCCUUCCCUGGAUGCAAUAAGGGAAGGUCGGCCGCGCUGGUGCUGCUGGCGGAGGCCGCGGACCCUUCCGUGGUCGCCAACGCGGGGCCCGUCGUGGAGUGGGCCAGGGCGUGGCAGGAGGCGACGGACAUGGCCGCGCGGGACCUCCUGGUGGCGAGCUG